GGAAUGACGUGUCAAGAAAGUGCCGGAAGCUUUCAGUUGGUCCAAAAUGGCUUACCAGACUCUACAACAGGAGUACCUACAGAUUCCCAUCGUUACCAGGGCUUAUACAACCGCGUGUGUCCUCACAACAGCUGCUGUGCAACUCGAGAUCAUCACACCUUUUCAGCUUUACUUCAAUCCAGAUUUGAUUCUAAGGAAUUACCAGGUAUGGAGACUUAUAACCAACUUCCUGUUUUUUGGUCCAGUUGGCUUCAACUUCCUUUUCAAUAUGAUUUUUUUGUACAGAUACUGUCGUAUGCUCGAGGAAGGCUCUUUCAGGGGUCGAACGGCUGACUUCGUCUUCAUGUUCCUCUUUGGUGGGCUGCUGAUGACCAUAUUUGGCACGUUUGUGAGUCUGGUGUUCCUGGGUCAGGCCUUCACCAUCAUGCUCGUGUACGUGUGGAGUCGCAGAAACCCGAACGUGCGCAUGAACUUCUUCGGCCUGCUGAACUUCCAGGCUCCCUUCCUGCCCUGGGUGCUGAUGGGAUUCUCUCUGCUGCUGGGGAACUCCAUCAUCGUGGAUCUUUUAGGUAUUGCUGUCGGUCACGUCUACUUCUUUCUGGAGGACGUUUUUCCAAACCAGCCAGGAGGUGGAAGGUGGCUGAAGACCCCGUCGAUCAUAAAGAUGCUGUUUGAUACUCCGGAGGAAGACGCAAACUACAACCCCCUCCCUGAGGAGCGCCCGGGCGGCUUCGCCUGGGGGGAGGGACAGCGCCUUGGAGGUUAAAACUUCCCCCUCAUCGAACUCUUCCAUGGACACUCCCUCUGAGACAUGAAGGGGACAAACAUGGUCUCUGUUUUUGACGUGUUUGUUUAGUUCUGGAUGAAGAACGCCAAACAACCUGAACUGGUUUGGAGAGAACCGUCUGUUGUCUUUGUAUUCGGGCUUAAAUCAUCCUCAGAAGCUGUUCUUUACGCCAGAUCGUCGCUCUAAGACUUUUUGAGAGAAACUUUUGGGUGGAGCUGUGGACGGGGAGGCCUUCAGGCUUCGGGUGAUGUUUGACUUCAUCUCAGAAAAAAAAAGAGAGCUAAAACAACUGUCUUGAAAAAGAGAGAAAAAAAAGUGACAGAAGUAAAAUAUUAUCAAACGAAUUUAUUCAGAUGGCAAACGCGUUUUCUUUUUUCAUUUCCCUUUUUUUAAGAAAUAAAUGUGUGUGUGGCAAAAGAUGCUUUGGUUUCAUCUGUUAAACCGUAGUAAGUAAUAUCGUUUGAAACCAAAGAUGUCUCUAAAAUUAGAAGACAUGAUUCAAGACUAAAAACUAAGUCCAGAAGAAAGGAUCAUGAGUCUCGUAGCAUCAAAAUGUAACGACUGUUUUUCAUUUCUUUAUCUAGUGUGAGUUGAGUAUUCACAGUUGUAUUCCUUCUUUUGAUUGACUUGAUACAAACAGCCUUAAAUCAGACCUGUAGACGAUACCUUUGUGUUAAUUUAAUAGAUUUAGCACUUUUUUUAUUUGUAUGUUACCUGAUGAUCCUGGUUGCCUUUUCAGCAGCAUGUGUGGAGGACAGUUUGCUCGUGUGUGUGUGUGUGUGUGUUGCUUUUAAGAACUGACAGAAGAUGAAGUAACAAGUGUCAGAGUGGGAUUAAGAAGCUUUUGUCAAUCCUUGCUAACACUGGAUAACAACAACAUCCUUGAGUUUCUAAUAACCUGUGAAUCUAAAUAUUGCUGUGCAGGCUGCGAUGAGAUUUGGACUGUAAUGAAAUCAUCAUUUUAAAUCACA